AUUUUGGUUUCCCACGCGUUCAUUCGAUUUGCUCUUCACAACCGAACAAAGCGCGCGCACAAGCAGAUUGGUUUGGUUGGUUGGUUUUUGUGAGUUUUGUGAAAUUGGAAAUUGGAAGGAAUUGGACACAUUGGACAUUGGUUGAACCAACCUAUAUUGGAAAGCAUAAGCUAUAAGACACAGAUUUGGCUGGAAAAAAGGAUCAGGGAUCACGUACGUACAGAAUCUGCAGAACUACGCUUUCCAGUAAUUUAAUUACACCAUGACAUCGCGUUUACGUCACUUGAACCCGAAGAAAACUCUGUUCUUGUUGUGUGAUAUACAGGAAAAGUUUCGUCCUGGAAUGCCACUAUUUUCUAAUGCCGUGGUGAAUGCAUCGAAAUUGACAAAAGCCGGCAAAGAGUUGAACAUACCUUUGAUCUGUACCGAACAUUAUCCAGAAAGAUUAGGGAAAAUUGUUUCAGACAUCGACGUUAGUCAUGCAAAGGCAGUAUUUCCAAAAACUCGAUUCAGCAUGAUUAUACCCGAAUUGGAGGCCAAAGUGAAGGAAAUUUUUGGUGAUAAACCCGAUGAUGUUGUGCUCUAUGGAUUAGAGUCUCAUAUAUGUGUUGAGCAAACCGCUAUUGAUCUAUUGGAAAAGAAAAUCAAUGUAUUCCUUGUUGCGGAUUGUUUAAUUUCUCGCCUUAAUCAGGAUCGUGAUUUGGCCAUAGAAAGAUUGCGCAAUGCCGGUUGCGUUGUAACAACAAGUGAAAGCGUUAUUUUUGAUUUGAUGGGUGAUAAGAAUCAUCCUAAAUUUGAUGUGGUUCGUAAAUUUGUUAAUACGCCCUCAGCCGAUAUGCAAUUGGCCAAAGCUGCAAAGCUAUAAAAUGAGUUGAAAGUGCCUUUCUGUAAUGGAUUCCGGUCGAACAUUAUAAAUAUAUAAUUUAAUCAUUGGAGUGCCAAACCCUUUUUUUGUAUGACAACCAAACCUAUACAUAUUAAAGAGAUGCUAUUUGUUUUAAACAUUUGUAUAAAGUGAUGUAAAAGUUAAACGAGUAUAUAUUAUUGCAUUUAUAAUUCGAUUAUAUAAAAUUAAAUAUACACAUUCAUAUGGUAAA